CAAGGUGUCCAAGAAGAUCCAGCAGGACAAGGAGAGAGGAGAUGAGGAAGGGGUAGCAUGGUCCAUUCGGGUUGGAUGUACCAAAAUAAGUGACCACAAAGGGCGAUGGGAACCGGACAGGGAUUUCACACAAGACCGCUGUUGUGUAGGGAGAGAGCGGCGGACAUCUAGGUGAUGCAUGCGGGGUCAGUGAUGCACCAAGACGAGUCUGGUGGAUUCCAGCAACCCGCCGCUGCAGAGAGCGAAGCCCGCUAGCUUACCGCCGGCCGAGAUGGCGCAUGGAUAGCGGAUCCCUUCAUACUACAAAACAUGACCAAGCGUUUAUAACAAAACCGGCAGUUUGGGAGCUAAACUAAGGAAUUCGAUGCUUGCACUAGCAGGAAGAAUUACAAACCCGCAUUUCCAUUGAGACUCCGAGGCUUCUGGAUGAGAAAGGAUGCCAUCUCCAUAAAACCUAUCAUACAUAGCUAACGGAGAGGGCCAGCUUGCGUUUUUUCCACCAUACUAGAUUGGUUUGAGUAGGCCGGUUGUGAUUCGUGAACCACAAGCUGUAACGAUGUUGGUGAGAUGCCACCGGAGCAAGCUGUCGGUGUGGGCCGUUCUCUGUGUGCUCGUGUUAUGCUGGCUCUACAUUUUCCCAGUGUACAGACUCCGGAGCGACAAGGAGAUAGUUGAUGAAGUGCUGCGGCAGGGACAAGUAUGGCAGAGGAACCAGACGGACAUCGAUCUGUUCAGGAAGCUGCUUUCAGAGUGCUGUGACCCAAGGAGAAUGUUUGCGGUGACCAAGCAGAAUUCACCUAUGGGGAAGGUCCUGUGGUACGAUGGAGAGUUUUACCACUCACACACAGUCAACAAUGAGACCUACUCUCUCUUUGUGCAGGAGACACCUCUUCAGCGUCCCCUCAAAAAGUGUUCAGUGGUGGGCAAUGGAGGGGUCCUGAAGCACAGCGGCUGUGGGAAGGACAUUGACCAGGCUGACUUUGUCAUGCGGUGCAACCUUCCACCACUGUCUAGGGAGUAUGUUGAGGAUGUGGGGACCAGAACCAACCUGGUGACAGCCAACCCCAGCAUCAUUGAGAAGAGGUUUCAGAACCUUCUUUGGUCGCGGAAAAGCUUUGUGGAGAGCAUGAAGGCCUACGGCUCCAGCUACAUUUACAUGCCAGCCUUCUCCAUGAAGCCGGGCACCGACCCCUCCCUGCGGGCACACUACGCCCUUGCCGACACCUCGUCCAACCUCACCAUGCUGUUUGCCAACCCCGAGUUUCUCAGGACCGUGGGAAAGUUCUGGAAGGGUCGCGGAGUGCAUGCCAAGCGCCUGUCCACAGGCCUCUUCCUGGUCAGCCUGGCGCUGGGGCUGUGUGAGGAGGUGACGGCCUACGGCUUCUGGCCAUUCAGCGUUGGGCUCGACGAGCAGCCCGUCAGCCACCACUACUACGAUAACGUGCUGCCGUUCAGCGGGUUCCACGCCAUGCCUGAGGAGUUUGUCCAGCUCUGGCAGUUGCACAAGAGCGGCACACUGCGUAUGAGGGUGGGACACUGCCCACCUCGGGAAGGGGCUAUAUAAGACUCAAGGGACCCUCCCCUAAUAAAUCUUCCCUUCCUUUCGCUUACAACCCACCAGCCCCCUGCGAUCGUCCCCAGCAAACCACCCGCAAACUACCACCUCUUUCUUCACCAUUAGCAUGAGAAUGUAACCCAUGGUUACCCACCCAGCCGAGAAAGCCCCCACACACCCCCUCUCUCUAUCCUGUCCUCCAUCCACUCUCACUAUGUGUGUGUUUGUGUGCGUGCGUGUGUGUUUGUGUGUGUGUGUGCGUGAGUGCAGAGAGGAGGUCUACUAACGGUCUCAGCUGGGUCUGGAGGAUUCUUUGUGUUUUGACUACUCAAUGUGACAUAGGGAGCAGCUGGGCCCAAUGCCCCCACUGAGUCUUUGUUAAACAGAGACAGAAGGAACAAUCCUAACCAAGAGGUUUUCAUAGAAGUCUUAAGAGAACAGACUGAAAGACUAGAAACACAGAAGGAAAAAGGAAAGGAGGAAGCAAGAUGUCCUGGUACCUAGGUCUCCUGGUACUAGGCUAUGGGUGUCCUGGUACCUAGAUGUCCUGGUACUAGGCUAUGAGUGUCCUGGUACCUAGGUGUCCUGGUACUAGGCUAUGAGUGUCCUGGUACCUAGAUGUCCUGGUACUAGGCUAUGAGUGUCCUGGUACCUAGGUGUCCUGGUACUAGGCUAUGAGUGUCCUGGUACCUAGAUGUCCUGGUACUAGACUAUGAGUGUCCUGGUACCUAGAUGUCCUGGUACUAGGCUAUGAGUGUCCUGGUACCUAGGUGUCCUGGUACUAGGCUAUGAGUGUCCUGGUACCAAGGUGUCCUGGUACUAGGCUAUGAGUGUCCUGGUACCUAGAUGUCCUGGUACUAGGCUAUGAGUGUCCUGGUACCUAGGUGUCCUGGUACUAGGCUAUGAGUGUCCUGGUACCUAGGUGUCCUGGUACUAGGCUAUGAGUGUCCUGGUACCUAGGUGUCCUGGUACUAGGCUAUGCGUGUCCUGGUACCUAGAUGUCCUGGUACUAGGCUAUGAGUGUCCUGGUACCAAGGUGUCCUGGUACUAGACUAUGAGUGUCCUGGUACCUAGAUGUCCUGGUACUAGACUAUGAGUGUCCUGGUACCUAGAUGUCCUGGUACUAGGCUAUGAGUGUCUUGGUACCUAGGUGUCCUGGUACUAGGCUAUGAGUGUCCUGGUACCAAGGUGUCCUGGUACUAGACUAUGAGUGUCCUGGUACCAAGGUGUCCUGGUACUAGGCUUGUAUGAGAGCAGACUAAAAGGGAGAAUGAAAGAUGUCUUGGUACCUUGCUCGUUCGAAGGAGUUUGUUAUUUUUUGUCUUGAACAACAACCCUUCACGGACAUCUUAAGCAACCAAUCAGCAUUGAGGUUCAAAGUAGGAUCCAAUAGAAAAGGAGAGUGAAGCACGAUAUCGAGCUCCUAGAAUGUUCCAUUUUACAGCCAAGCUGAACAGAUCCCUGUUCACUAAAAGGGAAGUCAAGAACAUUGCAGUGUUUGAUAAAUAUCUGUAUGUUAUUUAUAUUUGUUAAUCAUGACUUUAAUUAUACAUGUUUUUCAUUUGAUAUAGGUUGAUGUUCUACGUUGAUUUAGUAAUGUUACGAUUGAGAGCUGAGUAUGUAUUUAAAUCUUUUCACAAAAAUCCACUGCAGAGAAAAAGAUGUGAGCUUUACAAAUCAUGACCUCAUCUGUGUGUGUUCAUCGAGAGGUUGUGGCCUUGAAGGUUCACCCCCCGUUCACGCUACGAGUGCUUAUUGGUAUGGUCCACUUACAAACACACUCCAUUGACAAGCUACCAUAUCUUUCACUCUUGACUGAGUGAUGACAACACGGCAUGUUUCUGUUCAGGUGCCGGACACCUGUUCACAUUGAACUUGAACAUUCAUACUCUUCUUCAUCACCAUCGUCAUCGUCCUCACCAUCAUCAGUGUGCGUCUGAAUGUCAGGUCAGUGACCUGAACUUUGCUGUCCUGCAUUUAUUUCUAGGUGUUUUUUUUAUGUCAUUCAUAACAGGGAUUAUGGGAUCCUGUAACAGGGAUUAUUGGGAUCAAUUCCAUUUAAACUCGGUCAAUUCAGGAAGUAAACUGAUAUUCCAAUUGAAAUGGAAUUGACUCCAACCCUGAUCCGUAUACACAUACAAGGGAAUGAACAUAUGAUGUGUAGUAGGUGCUAGUUCUUCUGUCCUUCUGUCAUCAUCACCAAACAGUUGAGACAGUGGAAGAGGGCUGGCCCUUUAGGUUUUACAUGGACUCCUGUCUUGAAUUUUGUUAUGAUACGUUUAAAUGUUGUUACUGUCAUUGAUAUUUUGGUUGUGCAAAUGUGACCAGUACCAAAUCAUGUCAUGGGCCCAUCUAGGUCCGCAUGGGUCUUGCACGGAGUCUAGCACCAACACUGAAACAACAUUUAAACAACGUUUGGACUAACCUACAGGUACAGAACAGCUCAUGUGAAUUAUGAGGUUUCUUCAAACCCAUAUCUACUGUAUAAUGAAAGGUUUUUGUGCCUUCAGAAUUCACCAAGGCAAAGGGAAAUGCUAGACAUUACUGUAUGCUGUCUUUAGAAUGACAUUUUCCCUUGUGCCCCUUUUGAAGCUGAUUUCCACAAUCACAAUGUGACACUGCGACAUCACAGAAUAAUAUAGUACUACAGUAGAGAGGAUCAUAUCGGGAGGUGGUAAUACAGUAGUAUGAAUUAUUUGAGCCAUUUGAAUGUUUGAAGUAUUUCAAGUGUGCAUCUGAAAUGGCACCCUAAUCCCUAUGUAGUGUAUUACUUGUGAUCAUAACCCAUAGGGUGCACUACAUCUGGAAUAGGGUACCAUUUCUGACAGUACCAAGUCAAAAUGACCCCCUUGACCUCUAUAUGAAAACCAUUUGACUAAGGAAACAAGUCCAGAGUCUUAGAUUGAGCUGGUUGUUGUUGGACCAAGUCAGUUAAUGUUAAACCAAACCUGUUUAAAGUCUCUUCAUUGCCAGUCUUGAUGAAAACUUGUGCUCUCUUCCAACCAGGAAUUGAACUGUUGAUCAUUUUUAAAAACGAAUGUGAUUAAAUUGAUGACACGUAUUUGCACCUUCGGGCCCACUUUAUUUGGAUAGUCUGGAUAGUCCAUCUGUAGAUGGUCUUACUUACUAUCAACAAACUAUCUGUUGAGAAGCAACUGAUUGCUAAGGUUAGGGUAAAGGUUAGGGCUAGGGUAAAGGUUAGGGCUAGGGUAAAGGUUAGGGCUAGGGUAAGGCUUACUAGAUAGUUAGUUGACAUGUUAUCCAAAUAAAGUGUUCUCACCGUCUGGUUCCUCUGCCCAGUAUUGUGAAUGAGAAAUAUUUCACUGUGUCAUUUGCAGUAAGCAUGACUGUGACUCUGUAUGUGUUUUGGGGUUCUGACUUUCAAACUCAUUCUGUCCAUUAUUUUGUGAAGCGCCAUAUUGGGUUGAUUAUGCCCCAAAAUAAAUAGCGCAAAUUGUACCUCAAUAUCGGUUUUGCUGGCAAUCCCUUUUAGCCUUAGUAUGGGUACCAGUCAUUUGCCAAAGGACAGAAGUGGCAAGGAGUGGAAUGUUAGCUAACAAUACUGGUACUCAGUCUAUAUUAGCCUACUCUGGGGUUGAAUUGUGACGUAAUGCAAACACAAUGUGACGUUCUCAGCUACACAGUGUGUGUGAGCGAAUCCUACUUACUGUGUCAUGAAUAAGAUGACGUCUAGUUAACGAGGGCUUCUGCACAGUGCUACUUUGAAUCUUUCCUACGUAUAUUUAGAUGUGUUUUUAGUGUAUGCCAUUACCAGGUUCAUUUGGACAAUAGAUAUAAAUGUGUUUUCUUUGCUUUGCCUUGAAUUUGUUUUGGAAAAAUACUUUGGAAAGGAAAAAAAGCAGUGAGGUUUUUACAUUAUUAAACUGUUAAUGUGUAUUCAAACCUUGUGUCAAUCACCUUACGUCAGCUCAAUGCUGUUUUUGGCGAGAGUACCCUGCCUGAGCAUGUUCGAAUACAGGAAGUCAAAAUGAAGGACUGAAAUGUGUUUUAUGUGCCACCUGGACUAUGCCAAGAAAAUCAUUGCAUCCAAAUAAGAGGUAAACACUGGUAUCCAAUAAAGAAGGGGAUAAUAUUGAAUCAC